UUUAUUGAAGCACUUCUGAGAUAAGUGAUACUAGAAUGUGUGGCUUUUUCACGGCUGUGAUAUAUAUCUUGAAUGAAGUGGUUCUGUUUGGGUUUCAGAUUCGGGAGGAAGACAAGGAUCCCGUUUACUUGUACUUUGAGAGGAUGAUGACUUGUGCCAGAAUCCGAGCAUAUGAACGCAAAAAGGAGGGGAAAAAGCAGCAGAAGGACCUAUACAUCUGUAAUUCAGAGAAUUGUACAGAAAAGGAGCAUGAUCCUGAGCACCAGAACCUUAAAAAAGAAGUUUGUGGGAUGGAGAAAGACACUGAAAAAUCAGAAGGUAAGAUUUGAUAUUUGAGCUUAACUGGAGUGCCUGCUCCCUAUAAGUUUCUGAAAAAUAACGUAGAUAUUGAUGAAACCAUGAGAUGCCUUGAGAAGGUGAUAUGUCUAGAACUUUCAUAAGGCAGUCUGAGACUCAUUUAACCCCAGGUUUGGUACCUUUAA